UGCAAUCUACAUCUAUGACGUUGAUUCUGCCGCUGAGGAGUGGGUGAAAAGCUUUCGGCCAAUCAGAGCGCUGCAUUUUAAUCCUCCGCUCACCUGCCCCUCCCUUCUUAUAUACUGUCUAUGGCCCCUCCUAGCCAAAUGCUUCGCACGUUUAAUUCAAUUCAGUGCCUCAGCAAGCCAGGCUGUCCGGAUAACCGUAGGCUUGCAUGCCAUGGCUGAACCGCCUCAAAAAAAAGGUUCGGAACAUAGAUGAUAUAUCGGAACGAUUUCUUAACGGGAGAGAUGGCCUUGCCUCCACAUGUCCAGGCUACCUCACAUAGACAGUAUAUAGAACCUCAUCACGCGUUCUGCACCGUGUGCAAGACAGACAUCGACAUCAGUCACCAAGGGGCAACAGCAGUGAAAAAGAAUACCCACAGACAAGGCACGGGUGGUGGGUCACCAAAGGCUGACCUCACCCCAGCAGAGGACAUGGCCUUGGAGCUAAAUAAAGGCAGGCCCGUCUUAGAGGGGAUCCCUGGGGGGAAAGAGACGAGCAUAGGUUCCUCCCAAGAUGCCACCCGCUUCAUUCAAGGGUCUGGCAGCACUGUGUUCCUGUUAGAGCCACCAGCACAAGCACCAGACGAUGCUGAUCCAGGUGAAGGCCCCAGUGCAGCAGCAACAGCACAUGAUGGAGACGAUGAUGAGGAGGAGACCAUCUCUCUGGAUUCCGGAAGGCAUGAGGACCCAGAUGCUAUACAGUGGGAAAACCAGCCUGGCAACAUAAGCUCACAAGCUAUCAGAAAGUUGUAUGGCAACCACCUCCGGCGCCAAAUAGAACUGGCAGACAUAGACAUUCAGUACAAGAAGAAAAAGAUUGAAAAUCUUGCACUGGAGUCCAAAAUAAAAAAGAGGACAAUUAGGAAACUGGACCUUGAAAUAAAAAAACUUGAGAGGGAGCUCCAAGAAGAUGACACAGCUCAAAAUAAGAAUUAGCAAUCAGUACAACCAAGUCAUCGUUAUAAGGCAUCGCCCUCUUUUGCCCACCCCCCCAGCACCAGGUGUGGCCACUAGCCUAUAUGAAGGCCCAAAAUUGUGUGUUCCUUUCUGCUCUGACAAUGGCAUGCCCAUUCUUGCGAGAUGUGGUGGAUGAAGAAGCACUUGUGCUGAGGAGAGCCUUCAGGCGAGAAAGGGUCUUCAGGGACCGGUUGGACCCACUGGCCUUCCCUGAUGACCAUCUAUA